CGGCACAUAUUGCAAUAUGUGCACAUGUGUGUGUGCAAGCAACCACAACACCGAACAGAUGUUUCAGCGCGGGUCAUAAAAGUGAAAUUCCGUGGCCUUAUCGAAGUGGGAGACUAACGGUAUUAGCCGGCAAUGACGACGAUGGACUACGAGUGCAACAGCAGCCACGCCAACUAUUUCGCCAACAUUUAUGUGAACAACAACGGCAGCACGCAGAAGCCAGACCCCGCCACCACAGCAGUCUCCGCUCAGCUGAUCCAGGGAAACAGCUCCAGCGGACUGCUAGAGACUGACAUUAUGGUCGGAGCCAAUGGCCAGGCCACGCCUGCCCCCGAUCCCUGCUCUGCUUGCCUGCCCACGAGUGAGCCGUGCCUAACUUUGGACGACGAUGAAUGCGAUUCUUUCCUCAUCAGCAGCUCCAGCAGUCGAAGAAAUGUCCGCAGCCGAAUGCGAAACUCCUGCUGGGUACGCGCCCACGCCUUUGUGACCCGCAACUGGUACCUCAGUUGCCUGGUUCCCGCGUCCGUUCUUGGCGCCCUGAUUUUUGUGGGCUGGAUUUCGCGCGACUACGCCCGCCAACUGCUCUUUUGGAUAGAGACGCAGGACUCCUGGAUGACCUUUGCCGUUUUCAUGGCUCUCUUCACAUUGGUCAGCUUCCCGGUGGUUGUCGGCUACUUUGUGCUGCUCAUUACCGCUGGCUACCUGUUCGGCUGUCUGCGCGGGUGGCUCACAGUGAUUCUAGGCGCCAAUCUGGGCAUAGCGGUCGCCCACGUCUCGAUUCGGAGCAUUCGUCACCGCAUCCCUGUGCAAAAGCUGAUUAAAAAUAAGACUGGACUGGCCAUACUUCGCGUGAUUUCUGGCCCGAAGGCCUUUAAGGUAGUGCUCUUCACACGACUUACACCCAUUCCCUUCGGACUGCAGAACCUGAUUUUCGGAAUAAGCUCCGUCGGCACAAAAGACUACCACGUGGCUACAAUGCUUGGCUUGCUGCCAGCACAGACUAUUAACGUGUACCUAGGCUCCACGCUGAGGUCUAUGCACGAGGUACUCAACGACAACGAGACCAAGCUAACCGGCUACAUCAGCUUUGUUUUGGAGGUCAUUUGCGGCGUGGUUCUGAUGUUUUGGGUGGUGCAAAAGGCGCGAAAGGAGCUAUCCGAAACGCUUAUAUCCGUGGACUACAACAGUGACGGGAAGCACACCGACAUAGAAGUCUAGCAC